AUGGCGACGAACAUCGGAAUGAUGGAUAGUGCUUACUUCGUUGGAAGAAACGAGAUUCUGACUUGGAUUAAUGAUCGUCUUCAGCUCAAUCUCUCUCGCGUCGAAGAGGCUGCAUCUGGUGCUGUGCAAUGUCAAAUGCUUGAUAUGACCUUUCCAGGAGUUGUGCAAAUGCACAAGGUUAACUUUGAUGCGAAGAACGAGUACGACAUGAUACAGAACUACAAGGUCCUGCAAGAUGUGUUCAACAAGCUGAAAAUUACAAAGCCAUUGGAAAUUAACAGGCUUGUCAAAGGCCGACCACUGGACAACUUGGAGUUUUUACAAUGGCUGAAGCGUUUCUGUGAUUCCAUUAAUGGUGGCAUUAUGAAUGAGAACUAUAAUCCAGUGGAGCGAAGAUCAAGAAAUGGUAAAGAGAGGAGUGUGAAGGGAUCUAACAAGAUUCCAAAGUCACUGCAAACUAACAAUAAUCAUCCUCCACCCAAUUCCGGUUCAGUUGGACUUAGCAAAGCAUCAGGGCCCAAGCCAGCAAAAGCAGCUGAAGUGCAGGCUAUGUCGAAGGAGCUUGCAGAUCUCAAGAUCUCUACUGAUCUCUUGGAAAAAGAAAGAGACUUUUACUUCUCCAAGCUUCGGGAUGUUGAGAUACUCUGCCAAACUCCUGAACUAGAUGAUCUUCCGAUAGUGGUAGCAGUGAAGAAGAUACUGUAUGCAACCGAUGCAAAUGAAUCUGCACUAGAAGACGCUCAAGAGUACUUAAACCAGUCCCUAGGAGUUGAAGAUGAAGCUGAAGCAAACGGAGAACAACAGGAAGAAGAAAAGACUCAAGCCUAAGCUCUGACUAUUAACAAUCCUAAGUAGAAGAACUUUCCGAAUCAAAAUUUUCAGGGUGACAGACAAUGGCUAGUCAUGGCCUUUCUUGCAAGUUUCUUUUGUUAAAGGAAACUUACUGAAACUUGAAGAUGAAUGAGCUUAUUAGAAACCUUUAGUUUGAAAACAGUGAGACUUAUUUUUGUUACUA